CAAAAGGUUCUUUAGCACGUUGAAAUUUUUCUAACCCCAUUGAAUAUCGAUACUUGUAUGUCAACCUCCACUCCAUAUAUAAUCUGCAAAAGAAUGUUUAAAAUUCUCAGCAUAUAUAAACAGCCAAGUGACUUCCAAACUUCAACCAUCCAAGUGAAAACCAUGGAGCACAACCGCAAGGAAGAAGAACAGAAGGAUGUUAGAUACAGAGGAGUGAGGAAGCGACCAUGGGGAAAAUUUGCUUCAGAAAUUCGAGACUCUGCUCGACAUGGGACUCGGGUAUGGCUUGGUACUUUUAACACCGCCGAAGAGGCUGCAAGAGCAUAUGAUCGAGCUGCUUUUGCUAUGAGGGGUCAAUUGGCCAUUCUCAACUUCCCUCAUGAACAUGGCUUGCCUGGAUUUUCUUCUUCUGGGUCUUCUUCUUCUUCUUCUUCUUCUUCUUCAUCGUCUAGAAGUGUGGAAAAAAACAGAGCAGAACAGGGGAACCAGGUCUUUGUGUUUGAGUACUUGGAUGACAAAUUGUUAGAAGAACUUCUUGAUUUUGAUAACCAAAGCAAGAGAGAUUGAAGCUUUUGGGGAUGUUAAAUAAAUUUUGCACUUUCAAUGUUCCUUCUUCUUCUGUAACGUAGCUUGAAUCCUUAAUUUUCUGUUCUUUUUUUUUUUUUUUUUGGCGAGAGAAGAGAGAGAGAGAG